AAGUUCACCCUUGGGUGCCUCGAAUAUAAAGAUAACGCGGUCAUCUUGUGUUCUGGUCAGUUGAUUGGAGUUUGCGGUCCUAAUCAGACGCAAAAUGGAUAUUGUAAAAGUUUUAAGGAAAUUUCGGGAAGAAGAAGAUCCUGAAAUGGAGGAGUAUGAAGGGAAGUGUUUGCCAACAUUCAGCAAACUACAACUGUUCAACAUCGCAAAUUCAAAAGGUGUCAAACUGGAGGAAAUUAUGCUGUUGGGUGGAAUCCAGGAUUCCAGGGAAAACAUUUGCAAACUGGUGCAUUUUGCACUACAGUGUGGUGACAUGAUUCAGGAGGGAAAAGAUGAUGAGGAGGCUGGGCCAUCUACACGUCCGGAGCCACCUAAAAAAAAGAAAAAGGCAAAUGAUACAACUGGGAUGAAAGCCCUGGAGGACAAAAUAGAUAAGCUGGAGAAGAAGUUGGAAGAAAAGAAAACAGCCGAUGACGAAUCGGAUUUAGCAAGAGCCAAGCGAGACGUGAAAGAAGAGGCAUCCAAGGGACCAAAGGUUGAUAUUGACGUUUUGCACGAGAGACUUGUAAUUCUUGAAAGUUUAGCUAGAAAGCAAAACAGUGAUAUUAAAGACAAGAUAAACCUAAUUUUAAACCGAUUUAAUUCUCAUAAGUCAAACCCAUCUUUUGCUGCAGCACUUGUGUUGAAAUUAGUCUGCAACAGAGAAGAAGAAAGCAUUUUAGACAAGGAACAAAAGUUAAUGAAAAAUUUCGGAAUGACAAAAAACAAUGAGGAUGUAAAUACACAAGGGUAUGGCAUGUUUCAGCCCAUGCCUUAUAAUUAUGGGUACAAUCGUUUUAGUUAUCAACAAGGACCUUCACCUCCACGUUUUUCUCAACAACCACGAAGGUCAAGACCCCGCACCCCAUUGAUAUGCUAUCGAUGUAAUAAACCUGGUCAUAUGGCUAGGGAUUGCCUUAUCCCUCCACCCCAGAACUAG